GUCCUCUCUGUUCAGGGGUCAGGUGCCUGCCGAGGCCGAAAACAAUUACUUAGCAAUUGCCAAAACACUGGAAAUGUAUGGCGUGGAUCUGCACCCUGUGUUUGGAGAAAAGCAGUCUGAGUACUUCCUGGGCCUGACGCCUGUCGGGGUCGUGGUUUACAAAAAUAAAACGCAAGUGGGGAAAUAUUUCUGGCCAAGAAUGACAAAAGUGCAUUUCAAGGAAACCCAGUUUGAGCUGCGGGUUAUAGGCAGAGAUUGUAAUGAGACGUCGUUCUUCUUCGACGCUCCCAGUAAGACGGCCUGCAAGAACCUGUGGAAGUGCUGCGUGGAGCAUCACACCUUCUUCAG